CUAAGGUUUGUUUGGUGCGUAUCGUAUGAGUUCCAGGGCAGGAGCUAUCACAGUGACAAUUCAGUCGUCCGCUUUGCGAUUACUCGGGCUUUCUCACACAGCACGGCACACACUUGGGUGCAAAACCGGACCAAACAAAGAUUAGUCCGCAACUGGGCUACGUCACGAGUCACGACAGCCACAAAGAUGGGAGUACAUAAUCCAGAGUCCACUACUGCGCUGUGGCGCAUCUCUCGUUCGAAACACGAUAUCUUGCACCCUCCUUAGCAACUUCUGUUUGCUCCAGUUUCGAGAGCCUUUCUCCCACCUCCUGUACAAGAUCCCUCGGCUUUGUUUACUGCAAUUGUCUUUCUCCGACGCCAUAUCGCUGAUCCUGGCCAUCCUAAGGAGGAGCCCAGUUCAACCCUUCAACUCCUGGCCAGGAUAUCCUCCAGCAGCUUCAAAAUGUCGGGCCUCUUUCGACUCAUCAAGACCAAAUGGAUCACGCCGCCAAAGCCAGUUAAAGAAUCCUAUGAAGGCAGAAAUGUUAUCGUCACGGGCGCUACGGCGGGUAUCGGAGUGGAAGCAGCGGCGAAGUUUGCUGCCCUAGGUGCUUCGAAAGUCAUCAUUGCGGCGCGAGAUCUGAAGAAAGGCGACUCAGUCAAGGCCAGCAUCGAGGCUCGGACAGGCACGAAAGAUCAAGUCGAAGUCUGGGAGCUCAACAUGAGUUCCUAUGAAAGUGUCGUUGCUUUCGCCAAGAGAGCUGACCACCUCGACCACCUCGACAUCGCCGUCUUGAAUGCAGGGGUUCACAGAGCCCGGUAUGAGCAAUCGCAGCAUGGCUGGGAAGACGAUCUGCAAGUCAAUACGCUCUCGACUACACUCCUUGGAGCCCUUUUGCUCCCGAAACUUAAAGAAUCAAAACAACAUACUGGCAGGAUACCUGUGCUCGAAUUGGUCAACUCUGGACUGCAUCAGAACGCCAUAGUGAACGCAGAGACACGCAAGGAACCCAAUAUCCUAGAGUGGUACAACAGACCCGAGAACUUUGGCGAAGGCAGCCAAUACAAGUUCAGCAAGGUCUUCUUGAUGUACGCCACGAAUAAACUCGCCGAAGAGAUUUCUUCCGGAGAAGUGAUCAUUACUUCGAUCUGCCCCGGGGCGGUUAUGACGGACCUCGGUCGCGACCAUUACUUCCCUGGUAUUGGGAUCAUCAUCUUCAUUCUCAGACUGAUUAUCAUGUGUACGCCAGACCAAGGGGCGAAUAUGAUAAUGAGCGGGACGACGCAGGGUGAGAAGCUACACGGCCGAUUUUGGCGACAUGACAAGAUUCAGCCUAUUCCGCCAAGUGUAGCUGGUGAAGAGAAUAAGAAGCUGGCGCUGCGGAUAUGGGAUGAGAUUAUCGAGGUUCUGAAGAGGGAUGUGCCCGACGUUGCAGGAGCGUUGAAUUCGAUCAUGACUAGCCGGUUCCGCCACGAGACACUUCCCUCGCUCAAGCAUCGCACGCAAUCUCGCAUAUACCGAUACAUUCUCUACCGACAAGCGCUCAAUCUAAAGAGGCAGCCCGGGGUCCUCCAGCGAUUACGAGGUCAUACGAGGAGGCUAUUAGGCACCAACUCCCUCGAAAAUGAAGCUAGGCUUCGGCGGCAGAAGUUGACCAAGCUUUCAGAACAAGGAGAGUCUAAGGGCAGAGCGAUGAGUUAUCAGGAGAGUUAUGCGCCACGAGAGCCUGGUGCGAGGAGGAAGAAGCUGGCGGGCUAUCUGAAGGCUGCGAACGAGCUGAGGCAGACGUACCAGCAGCAAUAUGCGCCGAAUUGGAGUAGCAGAGAAACAACGUACGACUACGAGGAUGACACACCUGGAACCUUUCCGGACGCGGCGAUUGUGCGGAGCGGUGAGGAAGAGAUGAUCCUGUUUCCGAGUUACGCCCGGAAACAUCCGGAAGCACAGCCGGGUACGAUACAAGAAGUUCCAGGAGACGGCCGUGACGUACGGGAUUCCGGCGGAGCGGGCGACGCCGAGUUCUGGAAGCAGCAAUGGGACGACUACGAGGACGACAACGCCGUUGUGGACGUCGAUGUACGGGGCUGGAUAUACUCUCCACAUAAAGGUCAAAUGUCUAGAAAACAGAGGAUCUUUAUCAGCCUCGCACGUCAGCUAGUAGGAAUACAGGCACCGCCCGCUGGCGCGAAACCUCCAAGUUCAUCUGGCAGCCCACGUAGUAGCAGAGAGCCAAGCCCAGGGCAUCUAAACCAUCAUGAGCGAGCGCGAAUACGACAAGCACAGCGGGAUGACACUUUGACCGCGAGGGAGGCAGAGGAGAUAUUGAGAAGGGGCGAAAGAGAGGCAGAAAUGGCGGCAAAGGGAGCCUAUAGUGAGAAGCCAGCCGCUGAUGAGUUGGAUAAUACGAAAGAGUAUCGCGCCGAGAGUCCGGAUAGCCUUCGUGCGCAGGAUGCGAAAAGCCACCCGCGUGUGCGCGAGCUGUCGCAUAGCCCGAGUAACAGAUCGCUGAAGGGCGAGGAGAACAUCACGCCGUUGCGGAAGAGGGAAUCUUGGAACCAGCCCGCAGACAUGAGCCCGUCCGAAUUGGCAGAAGCAAACGCGCGUCUUAUGGCGCGCCUGCGACAUUUCCUAGCUAUACCCAUGGCGAACACACCCAUCAGUGUGUUCUUCUAUAACGAGGAGGUGUCAAAGCAGAGGACAGUGUAUACGAAUCCUUCUGGUCACUUCAGUAUCAGCGCCGCGUUGGACUUUAUACCUACCCACGUCCGUAUCUUGGCAUCCGACAAGUUGUCUGCCACAGAACAAGUCGUUAUCACAGACUCGAGCGGAAUCAGUGUCAUAAGCGACAUUGAUGAUACAAUCAAGCACUCGGCUAUCAGCAGUGGCGCUCGAGAGAUCUUCCGUAAUGUCUUUAUUCGCGACCUCGGCGACCUCACCAUCGAAGGAGUCAGGGAAUGGUACAACAAGAUGGCGGAGCUGGGAGCGAAAUUCCACUACGUCUCCAACUCACCUUGGCAGCUGUAUCCUGUCAUUUCGAAAUACUUUUCGCUGGCAGGGCUACCUCCUGGGUCAUUCCAUUUGAAACAGUAUAAUGGCAUGCUUCAAGGUAUCUUCGAGCCUGUCGCCGAGAGAAAGAAGAGCACGCUCGAUAAGAUUGCUCGUGACUUCCCUGAUAGGAGGUUUAUUUUGGUCGGCGAUAGCGGUGAAGCCGAUCUGGAGGUAUACACCGACUUCGUCUUGGAGAAUCCGGGACGGGUUCUUGCGGUCUUCAUCAGAGAUGUAACGACAGAAAGCAGCGGAUUUUUCGAUCCGUCUAUUGGAUCCAUGCCAGGCGAUCGAUCGUCGUCUUCAUCCCAACGAGGAAGUGGGAGCGGGAGAGGGAGCGCUUCAAGCAAGGUACAGACGUCGUCUGAAGAGGAUGACCCGGAGCUGAGAGCUGCCAUCGAGGCGUCAUUACGUGACAUAGAAGAAGAUGAUCGAAAACGGUCAAAGUCCAUGUUUCCUCAGAUCGACGAGGACAAUCCGGCAUUGCGACCCAUACUUCCUCCUCGAAGAUCUCAGCCAACUCCCCCUCCACCAGCGCCGGUUCAAAACCUUAUCGAUCUCUCGUCGGACGACGAGCAACCCUCGAACCUCGCGCUGCGACGCGUAAAUUCUGACACAACGGCGCGGACGAACCAUCACCGUACUUCUGUCUCCUCAGUCUCCAGCUCUAGGACCGCUCCUCCACCGCCUCGGAAACCCGUUGCGUUAAGGAGCACCUCAGGCGACUCAAACGCGUUGACUCCAUCACCCUCGAAAGCGCCACCACCGCCCAAACCACGUCGCCCAUCCUCUACAGUCCACCAAUCCAGUCCCCUCUCGCAACAGACCACAGCGUCCACCUCUACCUCCACCAAAGCAGCCCCACAACCGCCCCUAGCGUCCAAGCCCAAUCUACAACUCUCGCAAUCACAACAGACCUACACCGGCAUGGCCCGCGACAAGCUCGCUUCCGUCUACAACCACCUCCCUUCGGCAUCCUCCUACCUAUACUCCCAAAACAACAACGAUACAGCCACCUCUAACACAGGAGACCUCACCCAGACCCCCGAAGGCACUAAGAAAGCGCCCCCUCCGCCUCCUCCGCCUCGCAGAGGUGUAGCAGCUUACCCCGCAGCCGCAGCCGCCUACGUCGGCACGAAAGCAACCUCCGCAUGGCAGCACGCGCCCUCUGUUCCUCAUCCUUCGACUCGCCCCUCGCUGCAACCCUAUUCCACCACCUCUAUGCAGCAGCUCCCACAGCGCACGAAUAGUUCUUCCACCCUCGGCAUGAAUGGCAACGGAGGGGGGAACAACGGGUAUGGUGACGGCGGCCAGGUGGUUAACAAGCGCGAGCAGCUGUGGCGCCAGCGCUGGGCGCGCGCGGAGCAGAUCCUGGGCGAGAAGGGUGUUGUGCUGCGGAGUUGGCGGGUCGGGACGGACGUGAUAAAAGAGACGGAGAGGUUGAUUAAGGAGGCUGAGGAGAGAGCGAAGAAGGAUGUAGGAAAAGAGGGGAAUGGGAAAGGGCGGUAGCAUUAAAGCAGGUUAUUCUUCUCAGUACAAAAGCAACGCACAAAGCAUGAUAAAAAUAAAUUCGCAUAUAUCCC